GGUAUUGACACUAGAAUGAGGUUUAGUAUAGAACCAUUACAGAGUGAUAACGCCUUCGAUCAAUGGAAGGAUGCCAUGAAAGCAGUAGCACGUCUACCAAUGGGUAUUCCUGCUGACUUCCGCAAGAAGGUAUGGUUAAGUUUAGCUGAUAAUCAUAUCAGAGAUCUACGUAUCGACUGGGAGAAAACUGUACGAUUUGCCUUCAAUGAGAAAAGUAACCCAGAUGAUAAUAAACUAGGUCUACAGAUUGUCAAGGAUCUACAUAGAACAGGGUGUACAAGUUUCAGCGGACAUGAUAAUGAAGAAGACCGAGCCAUAUUGAAACGUGUAUUAUUAGCGUAUGCCCGGUGGAAUAAACGUGUUGGAUAUUGUCAGGGGUUCAACAUUAUAGCUGCUCUCUUAUUAGAUGUUAUGGAUAGAAAAGAAGAUGAUGCUUUGAAAGUAAUGGUAUAUUUAAUAGAUCAUGUGUUACCUGAAAGUUAUUUUGCAAAUAAUUUACGAGCAUUGUCCGUGGACAUGGCAGUAUUCCGUGAUUUGUUACGUGUAACGUUACCUAGUUUAUCCAAACAUCUAGAUUAUUUACAGCACGCAGCACAAGAUCAUGCCACAGGUGCAUGUUAUGAACCACCUUUAACGAAUGUAUUUACUAUGCAAUGGUUUUUAACCUUAUUUGCAACGUGUUUACCAAAGAAUAUUGUUCUACGAGUGAUGGAUUCAGUAUUAUUAGAAGGUUCAGAAAUCUUAUUGAGGACUGCUUUAACUAUUUGGGGCAAAUUAGCAAGACGAAUAAUGAAUGUCCCAAGUGCUGAUGAGUUUUAUUCCUUGAUGGGUGAUUUAUCAGCUGAAAUGAUGCAGGUUUAUCAGUUGUCUAUUUUUGAUAUUUUUCAGUCAAUCUACAGUGUAGCCCCGUUUCCCUUCCCUAAUUUAAUGGAUCUACGAGAGAAAUACACCUAUAACAUCAGACCCUUUUCUAGUUCUGGUAAUAAACAAUCUUCACAAGCCAGUAAAAAUCUCCUGUAUAGUGAUGAUGAUGAACUGGAUGAAGAUGAUAUUGAGGCUAUUUCUAGUUUUCCAGGUGAGUUACUGCCCCUU